UGGGCUCUUGGCUUGUCGCAAAUUUUGACCUGGUGACUACCACAUACAAAUAUUGACGUGACAACUGUCCAGGGGAUUAGUAAAUUUGUAAAACUUUACCCAGAGAGACAACGAGGUGUCUCAUGAUAUUGUAAUAUUAGUAAAAAAACAAAAGUAAUGAACGGUGUAAUCGUGGUCGGAAUGCGCAUUUUUAAUGAGUGAAUCUCUAUGGUGAGCUUGGCAUACGUUAUAUUUGAUUUGGUGUUGAAGGAUCUACACGUCGCCAUGAGCCGUGAUUUGAUUCACCAUUUUCGGUGUUUGGAGAAAAGAAAAAAGAAUGCUCGUAUUGAAAUUAGUGAAAGUUAAUCAAUGGUGAUUGUAGUUCCUUGUAACAAACUACGUGAUCUUGUACUUAAGAUUUUCUGAGGAUUCGAGUAGCCUAAUAUUUAAUUUCGUGAAAGAAUAAUUGUAACAACAACAACAAAUAUUUGUCGAGAGCUGUUAUCAUAUAAAAAGCCUGUAUCAAAGGGUGACUGUAUUGUCUUUAAGCUAUCCAAAGACUGAAAGUUAAAGGAAGCUGCUACAAGAUAAUGAUGUUAAGGAUCUGAGGAGAAAACUGGAACCAAGAAUACCGUUUUUCAAGGGUACCUGAGCAGUAGUGGAAAAUUGUCGAGUGAACAGUUUCCAAAGGUAAAUUUACGUUUCGUCACGCUGCAUGGAUAAAAGCACUCCAAACAGUGAAGUUCACUCGCAGCAUUUUGAUGUUACGGUUUUGCGUUAUAUGUCGUAACCAAUGUAACGUGAGUGUUUUAUAAGAGGGGGACUGAAUGGUAACCCCCGGACGCUAAUCGCUGGCCUAUGGACGUGGAACGUGUGCUCUGCUGUGACUAACAAGACACAUCCUGCGGCUCUUAAUGUGUGUUUACUACCACGGAUGGUGAAACAAGAUAGAAGCCAGUUCUCUACUCGGAGCUGUCGACCAUUUGAUGUCAGCCUGUCCAUGGUCAAGCGUGGCACUCAGGUCAGUGAUGACCACAACAUGCUUGACCCGUCUUUCUGCGCCCAUUCCAAACUUAACCUUGGUCAAGACUGUGAGUCUGACGACUCGCUGAAUUGGGAAGAUUUCUUCGGCACGACCGUUGAGAUCAGCUCGGUUUUGAUGGAUAUGUAUGACUCGCUCAUAGGAAAAGACGAAACCAGAAGCUCCGAGAAUGGAGAGGAGCAAAAGAGGGUCUGGGCAGAUAAAGAAGCUCUUGAUAGCCUUGGGGCUGAUGGAAGUGCCAAUAAUAGCUCCUAUGAAGUGUCGCCUGGUGACUCCAACAAAAGCAUUCGCAAUGAGCAACUUUCCGGAGGACUGCCAGCAAAUAGUAGCAGGGCGAGAAAUUUUUUUUCCAGGCGGAGUUUUUCUGUUACAGACGCAUACCACACUACAGGAAAAAAGAGGCCUCUCAGCACGAGUUCUGUGUCGUCUUCGUCAUCGUCUUCGUCGUCUUCCCUUCCUCGCAAUGGCAUGGACGUCAAAAAGUCUUACCUGGCCAGCAUAGAAAGCUUGGAUGACGACGACGAUGAUGUGAGUGAAUUUGGGAACGAACGUUCAAAUGCUCAUUCUAAUUUAAAUCAAUUGCCCCAUUCCGGAGACAGGAGAAGUGUUGGUAGCCUUUCCGAAUGUGGGGGCAGUGAAGCAAAUUCAGCAGUGACUUCACCCUCAAGGCAUACUUCAUAUGAUCCGAACUUAGGUCCAAUUGACCGGGUCAUUUUAGAAAUUGUGGACACGGAGCGAACCUACGUUAGAGAUCUCAACGAAAUCAUCAAG